AUGGUCGAAAAGUGCGCCAAGUGUCACGGGGAUAUCACGGGUCAAGUGGUGAUUGCUCUGGGUCAAAAGUGGCACAACGAAUGUUUUGUUUGUCUGGGUUGUCGAACGCCGCUUCAGGGCAAGUCAUUCUUCAAUAAGGACGGAUCCGUCUACUGUAUUGAAUGCCGUAAGGAGAAAUUUGACCCAACCUGUGCAAAGUGCUUCAAGAAGAUUGAUCCCACCAUCAAGUAUUCAGUCUAUCAGGACAAGACUUAUCACAGAGACUGCUUCACCUGUGCCCAGUGUAGACUGCCACUGGACGGGAAGAGGUUCGUCAGUAAGGACGGCCAAUUUGUGUGCGCACACCAUUAG